AUGAAAAAGAUUGCCAAUUUUGCACCACGUGGAGCUCCGUUAGCCACAUUUGAGAUGUACGGAACAUCGCAAAAUGUCCGUCUCCCAGCUGCUGCGACAGCAACAGCGAUUUCUGACUCUUCAAUUCGGGCAACUUUCAUGCAAAUGUCGAAACCAAACGUCCAAAUCAAAAAAGACGGCUUUGCUUCUCUUUCUGAGAAGAUACCGAUGAUGGAUGACCAUCAGGAAUUCCUUGUUGCCGUUACACCAAGUAUAGCAUUAUUCGAUCAAACGUUUAUUGACUAUCAUCCAAACGUAAGAAUACUUGCAGUCAACUUCAUACAGAAAAUAUGUGAGAAAUUAGGUAGAGAUAUCGUUGAAUUUGCACCAAAAAUUUUCCCAUCAUUACUUUUAUACUCUUGUGAUACAGAACAAGAGAUAAGCAAUGCUGCAAAAGCCAUAUUUAAUGGAUAUUUCUCAACAUCAGAAAAGAAAAAUGCAAUUAUCUCAAAAUUACGCUCUGAAAUUAGUCUUCGCAUCAAAUACUCAUAUAAUGACUUAAAAGAUAUGGAAAAACACUUUUCUAACAACGAUGAAAUCGAAAACUGGGGUAGAGUCGCUUCAGCAACCCUUAUUUUAUCAACUUUGUUAUUAAGCGCUUGCAAGUUUGCCCCAGAAGUUCUUUCCUCUUUCGGAGAUGUCCAAUUACGCAGAUGGAUAUCCCUGAAGGACGCAAAGUUCUUGCCUCAGUCUACAACUCAAAUGAGAUCUUCCGCUUACUUAUACAUCGCCAUUAACACGCAAAACGAUUUUUUCGGAAACGAAUAUGCCGAUUUGAUACUCAAACUCAUCGGAUCAGAGUCUUCUCCUCUCUGCCAAUCCCGAUUAAUUAAAUUAAUUUCGAUUUACAUGGACAAAGAGUAUUUGACGACAGAAAAAGUCAGAUCAGCCAUUCUUCCUGCAUUAACACUCUACUACGAUCCGAUUAAAACCGGAAUUCCUGCAUUACUUACAAGAAUUGCCGAUCAAAGCUUCGUAGAAAGCGCUUUGAACACUGUUUCAUCACUUCCUGAUAUCGAACUUGCCAAUUUAUUCUUCAAGAUACUCUUUGAUCUGUCAUCUGACCGUAUUGAGCUUAAACCAAGCAAUGAUUGUUUGUAUCAACUGUUCAAUGGUGCUAUUUCCAAGACACCACCCAGCAGAUUCCUCGGACAAGUCGAUUUGAAGUACUUUGUCGGCAUUUCUUCCGAUCCAAGAGUCAGAUCUUCACUUGAAUCAGGAAAUGACGACAGAGCAACAGAGUAUUUGCAAUACCUGGAUACUCAGUCAUGCGUUGACUGGCUAAAGACACGUGAAACAAUAGGAAUUAACACGAUUAUCCGCUUGAUUAAGAAUCUUGGCUCAACAAUAAUUCGCAAGACCUGGCCAUCAAUCAUAGAUAUACCAAUAGAAAAGGCUUCUGACCAAAAGCGCGCAGAACUCAUUCAGCUUUACGCAAGAACUGAUGAGAUGCCAGCAAUUAUUAAACAAUUCCCAGAAACCGUUCGUUAUUUCCUUCCUAAUUGGUCUGCUGGCUACGAUUGCUUGCGUUGCGAUGAGCUUUUGGCCAUGACCGGCGAAUUAUUAAAACAAUCAAUCGGAUUAUAUCGUAUUCUCAUCCAGAUUUUCCCUCAAAACGAGAAAAUCGAGUCCGAAAUGGAAGAAGCCAUCCUCAACGAGAUCCAGGAAAACGAAGAAGCAGAUCCUGUCUUAUUCGAGUACUACACAAAACCAACUGAGAAGGUUUUGACAGCCUUUUUGAACUGUCUUUCAGUUGAAGUACUCGAACCAGGCGACAAAAUCAUUCCUUUGUUGGUCGACCACAUUCCGAAAAUUAUUAACGAUACAAAACAGAAUAAUUUGGCUGAACAAGUCUACAAGUUCAUAGAAUCCAGCCAAAUCGAUCCUUUAUCAAUAGAUAUACAUCCAAAGGACAAUCCAGUCUUUUAUUUAGAAUUGUGGGAAAAAAUCGGUUUUGACAAACUUCCACAAGACAAAUUCAUUGAAUUAUUGAGUUCCACAUUGAACAGGAAGUGUCCAUGGCUUGAGAUCUUUUUGUACAUCAGGAAUAUCGACUGGACACUUGUUCCAAGUAAAUUAUGGGAUUAUUGUUCACUUCACCCCGAAUUAAGUGAACUUGCUAUCAAAAAUAACGAUGUCAUUUCACUUUCAGCGAUUUGUGCUAGUAACAACUUGAGUUACGACAAACUUCCUAAGACAGGCAUUGUUUUAGAAGCUCUUUCAUUGAUAGAACCACCAAUGAAUAUCAACAAUGAUUUGAUUUCUUCUGUAAUUCAAAAUGAAUGGAAUCAUUUCACUCCGAAAUCUAAUUUGAUUUCCAAUGAAAACUUGACAAUUUCUUUGAGGCAAGUAAUCAAUGUUUUGGAACAUUCUGCACCGAUAAUAAUGUCAAUCGAUGAAUUCGUGCCUUUCAUUGAAAAAGGUGCAAAAAGUGACAAUAAAUUUGACUUCUUCCUCACAUUGAGAAUUUUGUCAAUUUUGAGAGACAUUGAAAUGAGAUUUGACAGUUUACAAGAAACUUUACAAACGGUUAUUGACAAAUCUGUCGAAUUUUAUCCACUUCCAUCUCCUGUUGAACGCGAAUUUGCUUCUGCGAUGAGAAUUGCUCAGUUAUUGUCUCCAAACAAAUUUUUGACACUCCUCAAAUUGGUCGGACAUCACUUCACUUCACCUACUUCAAAGAUGCUUUCCAAACAAUUUUCACAGCUUAUCAGGUACUUCAAUGUUUGGGAUAUCAUUGAAUGCAGACUUGAAUCGAACUUGAAUUUGACAAAUCCACUUUCAUGGCAUUUGAUUGUUCUUUCUUUAGAAAUCAUGCCAUAUCAAAAGAGAAUGGACAUGGUCAAUUCAUUUACAUCUGAAUUAUUCUCAAUUUUCGAUUCAUUGUCAAUAGAAAGUGAUGAUUUCAUCAAUUUGAUUUCGACAUUUCCUGCAACAGCUUUUGAUUGGUCGACAAAACUUUCAAAUAACAUUUUACAUCCUUUGAAUAGAGAAAUGACAAAACGUGGAACACAAAGAGUUUUCGAGAUUUUGGCAAAGAAAUUAAAGAAAGUCAAACUCGGAAACACAACAAUCCAAACGAACGUAAGAAACAUGACAAUCUCAUGUGUUUACGUCGAAGAUGCAGCGAGUGUUCCAAUAAAAAUGGAUAUAACUCUUCCUGACAUUUAUCCAUUCAGGAGAGAAAAAGUUUCUUGCAAUAUUGAUAAAGGUGAGAAUUCUAGUGAUUUGAGAUCAAGAGUUGCUGCUGCAAUCAUUCAAGGACAAGGUGUGGAAGCAGGUAUUAGAUCAUGGCAUAAUUAUAUUGUUAAGGAAUUGCAGGAAAAGGAACCAUGUACAAUUUGUUAUUCAUAUUUGGACGAUCAACAAAGAAUUCCGAAGGUCAAGUGUUCUGUUUGCGGUCAAAAGUUCCACGGUGCUUGUUUGUCAAAGUGGUUCGCUCACUGCUUACAGCCUACUUGCCCAUUCUGUGCUUCUCCUUGGAAACCAAAAGGUUAA